AUGUUCCUCACCUUGAUACCGUUCAUCCUCGGCUGGGGAGUCGCCAGCGGCCUCACCAUUGACCCGGUCACGAAUGUCUAUCUCUGCGUCGGCGCUCUGACAGAUGUUACAUAUCACUGGACGGGAGGUACACCUCCAUACACAUUACAGGUGGUGAAUGCCAGCAACUGGUCCCAGGUCGACGCAAUCUUUGCCAUCAACUGGGAGGCGACCAGCUUUACUCACGCCUACCCCAUUGGUGGAGCUUACUAUGGUCCGGACGGCUACGUCUUUGGGAUGCAGGUGAUGGACUCUACAGGUGCCUCCGCGACGUCCAACGAGUUCUCGAUCUGGCCGUGUGCUGCCGCCUCCGGGUCUGCAACAUCGACGGGCUACGGAGCAAGUUCCACCAGUUCUUCCGCCGUGUCGACUUCCACCACCAGAACAUCUCAGUCGACCAACAUCGCAGUCAUUGUGGGCGCAGCCGCCGGCGGUGCAGUUGUCCUGGCUGUCGUGGGUAUUCUCGUAUGGUUCUUUAUCAGGCGGAACAGGAGACGCAAGAUCCACGGGGACAGUGUCCGCGCUUUCGUCAUUGACGGCGAGGACCGGGACGGCCACAUGGUGUACUCGUACGAAUACAAACCGACACCGUUCUUCCAGAAUGAAACGGUGUACACCCAGACCCACAUGUCACCGUACAUGGGCAGUGACAGGCCCCUUUUGGCCCACAACAACUACAUCCAACCGCCCUUCCACAACAUAUCACCACAGACGAGCCAUACGCCGCUCUUGGCUUCUCCUAAUAACUACCCAACAUCAUCGCUGGUCUCAACCACCCACUCGGCCGGUCCCUCUAGCAGUGCGGCUAUGAGUGACGUAGCCCAGUCGUCGUCAGCACCGACCAUUUAUUCCUCUGGUCACGGUACAGGGGUGUUCCCCACCUCCAGCACCAGUGCAUCAUCUACAACCCCAAUGCCCACCCAAUUUGACAAGGCUCAAUAUGUGCAAGCCCUCCUCCCCCGACCCGCCGGUUACCUUAGCCACGUGUCAGUCAGCCACGCAGAGGAUGCAGAAGACCUAGCGGUCGAUGGCAUGCUGCCUCCGAUCUACAAGGCAGAAUGGAAGAAGCGGGCGGACCGUUAA